AUGAAAUCACAACACUAAGAGAAAAAAAAGGAUAAAUACUAUGAGAUAAAGGAAUUGAAUUUCUAUUAAAUUGGAAAAUCAUAAGUGACUCUGUGGCAUAGACCAGGUAAAAAGGAAAUUUAUGAUUUAAAGAAUUUGCAAAAUAUAAGUCUUAUUGUAACUUUAUAAGGCACAGGUGAAAAUCCUAAUGAAAUAAAGAAGGGAUGCUAACAAAAUGGUAUUCAGCAUAAAUGGAUUAAUAUAUAAGGAGCUAAUUAGGCUUUGCUGGAUGAUAAAAAGGUGAUAGCUUAUUUAGUUGAAAGGAUUCAAGAGUUAUAUGAAAAUUUAAGUACAUAAUAGGAGAGAGUAUUAAUACAUUGCGCCGCUGGAGUUCAUAGAACAGGUAUUACUGCCUAUACCUUAUUAAGACUUGAUGGACUUUGUCCUCAAGAUGCCUACGAAACGUUGAAACUCAUUCGUCUAAAUACUUAUUAAGGUGUAGGUGAAUGGAGAAUAUAAUUAGCAGAAGCAAAAAUUGUACCGCCAUUGAUGAAAAUAAUUUUGGAAAAUCAAUCGAAAGAGAUUUUGUAAUAGUCUAAUGAGUGA